AUGCCUCCUCCGCUCCCCUCCUCACACCGGGGAAUGACCAAGAACCCCGUUAGGCCUGCCCGCUACCGUCCUGGAAAAGCUGUCGCAGAGGAGCCCUCAUCCGAGGAAGAGGAGGAAGAAGAGGAGGAUGACGAAGCUGAACGCGAGGCGCGACGAGAACAAGAGCGGCGCAGACGAGCCGAGGCACUGCGCCGAGCAAAAGCGCCCAAAGCGAGCUCAUUCCCAGCCUCUGCAGUAGCAGCCCAAAAAGCCGAGGAGGACGAUGACGAGGAAGGGUUCGUCACCGAAGAAGAAGAUGACAAGCCUACACCCGCACCCGCACCGAAAGCAGUACCGCACCCUACGACCGACGAUUUAAAACCUACUGCGGCUACAUCCGCCCCGGAGAAGGACGAAGAAGAAGACGAAGAAGAGGAGGAAGAGGAAGAAAGCUCUGAAGAGGAGAGUAGUUCGGAAGACGAAGCACCGCGACGCAUGCUCAUCCGACCAACCUUCAUCAAAAAAGACAAGCGCAACACAGCCACACCAGCCGGACAGACAAAAGCCCAAGCGGACGCCGAACGCGCAGCGGAAGCCGAAGCACAGCGCGCCGCCCAGCGCCAAGAAAAAGCCGACCAACUAAUCCGCGACCAACUGGAGAAAGAAGCGAUAGCACGCUCGAACGCCAACCGCGCCUGGGAUGACGACGAGCUCGUCGAAGCCGAAGACGAAGAAGCCAUCGAUGACACAGACGGGCUAGACCCGGAAGCCGAGAAAGCGGCCUGGACACUGCGGGAGCUGAAGCGCGUGCAGCGCGCGCGCGAAGCGAUCGAAGCGAGCGAGAAAGAGCGCGAAGAGGUCGAGCGUCGGCGGAACCUUACGGCUGAGGAGCGCGAGCGUGAAGAUAGCGAGUUCAUCGCGAAGCAGAAGGAGGAGCGUGAGGCUACGCGCGGCCAGACGGGCUUUAUGCAGCGGUAUUUCCAUAAGGGGGCUUUCUUCCGUGGGGAUCUUGAGGCGGAGGGGUUGGAUCGUCGGGAGCUUAUGGGGGCUCGCUUUGAGGAUGAUGUCAAUCGUGAUACGUUGCCGCAGUACAUGCAGGUGCGUGAUAUGACGAAGCUUGGGAAGAAGGGUCGCACGCGCUAUAGGGAUCUUAAGUCCGAGGAUACGGGGCGGUUUGGGGAUGGGUUGGAGAAUAGGAGGAGGAGGGAUGGGCCUCCUGUAGGUGUUACGGAUGAGAGGUUUAUGCCUGAUCGUCGUGGUGGUGGUGAUGAUGGGGAUCGCGGACCGACGGGUGCCAAUGCUAGUGUUGUUAGACCACGGCAUAGGUCGAGGUCGAGGUCGAGGUCGCCUCGGCGAGACCGGCGUGACGAUAGAGACUCGGGUCGGUUCGAGCGCAGUCGGUCUCAGGGAGAGGCGGAAGCGGAGUCCGUCGCCCUAUGA